CCAGCAAUAAGCACGGAGUACAUAAAUAAAACUCAUUAUUAAAGCUUAAUAAUUACAAAUAUAAAGCUUGUAAAAGUAUUUUAUCAAAUACGAAAUGUUUCGCUCUAGUUUUGACAAAAAUCUGGAGAACGCCACAAGCCACUUGCGCUUGGAGCCAGAUUGGCCCUCAAUUCUGUUAAUUUGCGAUGAAAUCAAUCAAAAAGAUGUCACACCAAAGAAUGCCUUUGCCGCAAUCAAAAAGAAAAUGAACUCGCCAAAUCCACACUCAGCAUGCUAUUCCCUGCUGGUGCUCGAGAGCAUCGUGAAGAACUGCGGCGCACCCGUGCACGAGGAGGUCUUCACCAAGGAAAACUGCGAGAUGUUUAGCAGCUUCCUGGAGCAAACGCCACACGAAAAUGUGCGCCAGAAAAUGCUCGAGCUAGUCCAGACCUGGGCCUAUGCAUUUCGCUCAUCGGACAAGUAUCAGGCUAUCAAGGAUACUAUGACCAUACUGAAGGCCAAGGGGCACACAUUUCCCGAGCUGAAGGAAGCGGAUGCGAUGUUCACCGCCGACACUGCGCCCAACUGGGCGGAUGGUAGAGUCUGCCAUCGCUGCCGGGUGGAGUUUACGUUCACCAAUCGCAAGCAUCAUUGCCGCAACUGCGGCCAGGUGUUUUGUGGCCAGUGCACGGCCAAGCAGUGCCCGCUGCCCAAGUACGGCAUCGAGAAGGACGUGCGCGUGUGCGAUGGUUGCUUUAUGGCGCUUCAGCGUCCGGCAGGUGCCAAGAGCAGCACCCGCGUGGCGGACAGCGACUUGCCAGCGGAAUAUCUGAACAGCUCCUUAUCACAGCAGGUGCAGACGCCUGCGCGCAAGACAGAGCAAGAGCUAAAGGAGGAGGAGGAACUGCAGCUAGCCCUGGCGCUUAGCCAAUCGGAGGCGGAGAGUAAGAAGCAACCGCAAUCGGUAGCUACCUAUCGCAUGCAGCAGCGCUCGCCCAGCCCGGAGCCGGCACAGCCACAGGUGGCCGUGCAGCAGCAGGAGGAAAGCAACCCAGAGUUGGCCAAGUAUUUAAAUCGCAGCUACUGGGAGCAGCGAAAAAUUAGUGAAUCCUCUUCCAUGGCCAGCCCAUCGGCGCCUAGUCCCAUGCCACCAACCCCGCAACCACAGCAGCAACUGCUCCAAACGCUGCCAAUGCCAAAGAACGCCGAUGAGGUGCAAAUUGAUGAAUUCGCGGCCAAUAUGCGCACCCAGGUGGAGAUAUUUGUCAAUCGCAUGAAGUCCAACUCGAGCCGCGGACGCAGCAUUUCCAAUGAUUCCUCGGUGCAAACUCUCUUCAUGACGCUCACUUCGCUGCACUCACAGCAGUUGACCUACAUCAAGGAAAUGGACGACAAGCGCAUGUGGUACGAGCAGCUGCAGGACAAGCUGGCACAGAUUAAGGACUCGCGUGCCGCGCUAGAUGUGCUGCGUCAGGAGCAUGUGGAAAAGCUGCGUCGCAUUGCCGAGGAACAGGAGCGUCAGCGUCAGCUGCAAAUGGCCCAAAAGCUGGAAAUUAUGCGCAAGAAGAAACAGGAGUACUUGCAAUAUCAGCGCCAACUCGCACUGCAACGCAUUCAGGAACAAGAGCGUGAAAUGCAGCUACGCCAGGAGCAACAGAAGGCCCAAUAUCUAAUGGGUCAAACAACACCGUUUCCCUAUCUGCCGCCCUCGGCAGUGCCGCCGCACGGUUCGCCCUCGCAUCAGUUGAACAACGUUUACAAUCCAUACGCUGCGGCUGCUGGCUAUCCAACACCCAAUGGCCAUGGCGUUAGUCAGUUUGCAGGCGGCAUACCGCCGCCUGGCAUGUACAAUCCUGGCAUAACGCAGCCACCGCCGCAGCCAGCUCCUGGCAUGAUGAUGGCCCCACCGCCGGGCAGUAUGUUGCAACAGCAGCAGCCACCGCUUCCCGACAAUCCAUACCCGAAUCCAGCUCAGGCCAUGAUGUCGCAGCUGCCGCCACAGCAACAGCAGGUCCCACCUCAGCCCCAGACCCAAGCCCAACCACAACCACAUCUGGCUCAUGUUAUGCUGCAGCAGCAGCAAAUUGUGCAGUCGCAUCCGCCGAUACCCAACACACAAGUGCCACCACAACAGGCACCACCAGCGCAAGCAGCAGCAGCACCACAAGCUUCUCAAAUGGAAAUCAGCAGCUCACAAGUUCAGGCUGUGGCUGCCGCACCCGCACCACCCCAAAACGAUCCCGAACCGGCUGCUCCUGUCAAAGCUACCGAGCCUGCCACAGCGGAACUGAUUAGCUUCGAUUAGACCAGAAUUGUUACCGCUCUUUUAUAAAAACUAAGCAGACUCUUCACAUUUAUAACGGAUUCGCACGCGCAGUUUUAAUGGCCGUAUGCAGCUCAGAUUAUAGUUAUUUCGUGUGAAUUUUAAAGAAAAGAGCUGCAACACAGACUUAUUGUAUUCACCAAGUGUAAUCGACUAAAGUAUGCGUACGUUAUUCCAAAAUGAACAGAAUUUUAUGAUAUUCGCAGUCGGAUAACUAGAAACUGCGUUUUUAUUGAUUAACCCCUAAACCAAACUAGUUUCUAUAUUGUUUUUUUGUAUUUGAAUUUGCCUUAAUUUAGAGAAAGUUUCAUUCCGGAGUUUCUUGAUUAAAUUAGCCAAAAUAAUUAUGGAUAACCGAGAAUGGAUUAAAAAUCCAUUUUCCCAAAUAUUAUAUAGCGGACCGGUCUGAAAGUUGAGAAAGCUCCAAUAGCUAAAAAUCAUUUUUAAACUAAAUAAAUUU